GCUGCACGGUCCCCGUGAGCAGGCACCCGGGGCUGUCUGCUUGGCUUCGGAGCCAGGGGUCCUGGAACUGCUCCCCGUUGGUCUGAUCAGACUGGAGUUAGGACCCAGGAAGGACUCCGCAGCCCCGGGAUACAGGAUAUAAAUAGAGGACAGAACAGAACAAAGUUUGAGGAGGGAGCCUUACAUCACUCCGUCUCUCCACCCAGAGAGCUGUGUGUCGAGAGGUGUAAGCUUGAGUCAGUCCAGGAGUUCUUGGCUGGGCACCAGCCCAGGAGCGGGCAGGGGCGCCGGGACAAAGUUCCUUUGGAAGGCCUCUUGCUCUGCCGACUUCAAGGAGAGGGAGACGUCCAAGUCCAGCCCUGGAUGGAGACGACGAAGGCUCUUGCAUAAGGAGGGCGCAGUGACCGCCGGCCGAGCCCCCUGCCCCUUGGCGUGCUGCCGUGGGUCUGGCAUUGCUUGCCCAGGACCCCGUGUGGCGGGUUUCUUCCUCCCAAGCCCCACAGCCCAUCUGGUUGUCACAAUGUGCGCGCUGAUCACCGAAGACUCUCAGGUCUGGAGACGAGGAAGAAGCACACACUAACUCUGCGAGACGCCCGCUUUCAGACUUUGGAGAAACAUUUGUUUUUGUUCUCUGGAACCUGUGAAAAUGUCCCUUCCCCGAGGAAGUGAAAGUUAAAGAGGACACUUUGUCGCCGACCCUCAGGAAUUUCACGUGGCUCUAGUCCAACCUCUGACACCAUGGGGACGCUGCUGCCUGUAUGUCGCUGGCACUCCUGGCUGCUGUUAUUUUAUUGCAAUUUUCAGGUACAUCGAGCCCACGCCGGGUCACAGCCACAUCCAGGCUUUGAGGUCUUGGCCUCUGCCUCCCAUUACUGGCCCCUGGAGCAUGUGGACGGGAUCCAUGAACUGCAGGACACAACUGGAGCACCACGAACCCACAACCUCACUGUGCUCCCCUCCCAUAAUUCUACCUUUGUGUCUACCAAUGACUCUGCCUACUCAAAUCUCUCUGCAACCGUAGAUAUUGUCGAAGGGAAGGUCAACAAAGGCAUUUACCUCAAGGAGGAGAAAGGCGUCACGCUUCUGUACCACGGCAGGUACAAGACCUCCUGCAUCAGUAACCCGGCGCAGUGCGGCCCCGAGGGGGUCACCUUUUCUUUUUUCUGGAAGACACACGGAGAGCAGUCCAGACCGACACCCUCUGCUUAUGGGGGACAGGUCAUUUCCGAUGGAUUCAAAGUGUGCUCCAGCGGCGGCAAGGGCUCCGUGGAGCUGUACACACGGGACAACUCCAUGAGGUGGCAGGCCAGCUUCAGCCCACCAGGUCCCUACUGGACUCACGUCCUGUUUACGUGGAAAUCCAAGGAGGGCCUGAAAGUCUACGUGAACGGGACCCUCAGCACUUCGGACCCCAACGGGAAAGUGUCUCAUACCUACGGGGAGCCCAACGUCAACCUCGUGAUAGGGUCUGAGCAGGACCAGAGCAAACGCUACGAGAGCAGAGCUUUCGACGAGUUCAUCGUCUGGGAACGGGCCCUGACCCCGGACGAGAUCACCAUGUACUUCAUGGCGGCCAUCGGAAAGCAUGUUGCGGUGUCUUCUCCACCUCCGAGCUCCUUCACGACGCCUGCAGCCAACACCCUGAUGCCCACCGAUGCCUACUAUCCCAUCAUAACCAACUUGACAGAAGAGAGAAAAAACUUCCAGAGUCCUGGAAUUGUCCUGAAUUACCUUCAAAACGUGUCCCUCAGCUUACCCAACAAGUCCCUGUCACAGGAAACGGCACGGGCUCUCGCUGAGACCUUCUUAAAAACCAUGGGAGAGGUCCUUCUACUGCCCAGUUGGACUGCUGUGUCACAGGACAACGCCGUGGUGCUGAGCUUGAUAGAGACCGUGGACGUCGUCAUGAACCACAUCUCCUCCAACCUGCACCCCAACGAGCCCCAGGUCACCAUCGUGGGCUCCUCCUCCUUGGCAGAGUUCUCGGUGGCCAAGCUCCUGCCUGACGCCACCAACUCCUCCCACUAUCGCUUCCCGGCCCAGGGACACAGCUACAUCGAGAUUCCUCACGAGGCCUUCCACAGCCAAGCCUGGACCACCAUCGUGGGCCUCUUCUACCACACGAUGCACCACUACCUGACCAACAUCCGGCCGGACAGCACCAAGAUUGCCGAGGCAGCGAAUUACAAGAGCUGCCUGCUGUCUGCUGCCAGCUCUCUCAUCUCCCUGGAGGUCGCCCCGCCGCCCACGCUCUCCCAGAAUUUAUCGGGCUCCCCGCUCGUCACCGUCCAUCUCAGGCACAAAUUGACCAGCAGGCAGUACAGCGAGGCCAUCAAUGAGAGCAACCACAUCUUCCUGUACUGUGCCUUCCUGGACUUCAGCUCCGGAGAAGGGGUCUGGUCUACCCAGGGCUGUGUCCUCAUAGAAGGGAACCUCGGCUACUCCACCUGCCGCUGCUCUCACCUAACCAACUUCGCGAUCCUCAUGCAGGUGGUCCCACUGGAGGUAAGAGCCCGGCAUGGGGUCCAGGCCCCAGGAAGCUCAGUCAGCACCAUCCGGAACCAGCGGUACCACAUCCACGCCAACCUGUCCUUUGCGGUCCUGGUGGCCCAGGUCCUGCUGCUUGUCAGCUUCCACUGCCAGCCGGGCACAGUCCCGUGCCAGGUGCUGGCCAUGCUCCUGCACUUCUUCUUCCUGAGCGCCUUUGCGUGGAUGCUGGUGGAGGGCCUGCAUCUCUACAGCAUGGUCAUCAAGGUCUUCGGCUCGGAGGACAGCAAGCACCUGUACUACUACGGGAUAGGAUGGGGUCUUCCUCUUCUGAUCUGUAUCAUCUCGAUAUCGUCAGCCAUGGACAGUUACGGAACCACUAACAAUUGCUGGCUGUCCCUGCAGAGUGGCGCCAUCUGGGCCUUCGUAGCCCCUGCCCUGCUGGUCAUCGUGGUCAACAUCAGCAUCCUCAUUGCCGUGACCAGGGUCAUUUCCCAGAUCAGCGCCGACAACUACAAGAUCCAUGGAGACCCCAGCGCCUUCAAGUUGACAGCGAAAGCUGUGGCCGUGCUGCUGCCCAUCCUGGGGACGUCCUGGGUCUUCGGCGUGCUGGCUGUCAACGGCCAGGCGGUCGUCUUCCAGUACGUGUUUGCCAUACUCAACUCCUUACAGGGAUUUUUCAUCUUCCUCUUUCAUUGCCUCCUGAAUUCAGAGGUGAGAGCUGCCUUUAAGCACAAGACCAAGGUCUGGACGCUCACAAGCAGCUCCAGCCGCAACCCCAACGUAAAGCCCUUCAGCUCCGACGUGAUGAACGGGACCCAGCUGGGCACGGCCUCCACCAAGCUCAGCCCCUGGGACAAGAGCAGCCAGUCUGCCCACCGCGUGGACCUGUCCCCCGUGUGAGCAGAGGCCGUGGACCGGGUCUGCCCGCCACUCAGAGCACCGCCCCCCCAAACAAAAUGCAAGACACACUCUGCCUUCGCCGGUGGGACCUCUCCUGUUCCGUCUGGUUGUGGGAUCACGGCCCCUCCCUGUGUGACAGCCCACUGCCAGCCCACAGCCCCAUGCCUAGUGAUGGGCGGACAGCCCGGCUCGGAGCCUCCUGUGAGCUGAGUGACUGCCCUUGGACUCCCCUGGAGGACACAGCAAUCUGGCCGUGAUGCUCGUGGGCCUGCUGUCAUCAUGCAAGUGUGCGAGCAUCCGACCUGCGACGCAUGAGCGCACAGGACCUGGGGAGGCUUCGCCUCUGGGCCAGGAUGAGGACUCAGGGCCACAGAGGCGGGGUCUGGUGAGGGAGCCCAAGGUCUCCACAUGCCCCCAGAAGGUCAGGCAGAGGCAGAUGGGGACCCCUGGGGAAGACUAUGACGGUCGUGUUCAACCUGCUGAAUUCACCCAGCAAGCUCCAGCUGAAGAGUGGCUUUCUGUCGGGUGACAUCCCGGUGUGAGGUCCAUGCUGGGUCACUGGGUUGGCUGUGAGCUGAGCCGCGGGCUGCUCCACCCAGUCCUGGGUGGGGGCCUCACCAGCGUGGAGAGCCAGGAGUGGCCAAGGCACAGCGUGGGGUUCGGAGAGCUUCUCAGCAUCCUCACGCGUGUUGACACUUCCGACUUGAAGCCGGCCCUCAGAGGGCGUCUUCUAGCACUGGAGCCUUCUCACAUUCACGGUGGGCGGGCAGGCUAUGCCUUGUGUUGGCUUCCCCCCGUCUAGAUCGCGGUUUUUGCAGGGCCAAACUUCCCUUUGAGAGUUCCUUCCUUAUCCCUUACAAAUGCUUUUUUCCCGUGUGUCUAACGAGCAGUCGCAGUGGUGGCUUGCACAGUAUGUAUCUUGUGUUGCUGCAAAGGCUGCCCUGCCAUGUGGCAGAUAGCUCUGAGGGAGGGUCUGAUCUGGGGGGGAGGCAGGGGGUGACAAUCACUGUUAAUCUGUGGCUCAGCCCCUGAGGCCAUGGAAUCACCAUCACCACUCCAUGUGAGCGCAAGAGCCUAUGCCACACCAGGGUUUGCCAUCACAGAUGUGAACCAAAUGCCCCUGACAUAUUCGCGAAAUAUCCUGCAGUGACCACAGCGCUCCUGGUGUCUGUGAGAUGUGUGCUGCAGAAUUCAGACCUGCCUUCAACCCUGGAGAUGGACCUUGAACACUGUGACCAUGCCAGCAGCAAGCCCUUCCCCCACCCCACACGUCUGCUUGGUUGCAGAGUAAGUUCCCUGUGUAGUUCUGUGGAACUUUGGCACCCUCAUCUGGUACCUUCUACAAGGAACUCGCCCAACCACAGUGAGUGUGACAUCGUGCACGGCCACCCCACCGCGGGAGGGGGUGCAGACUGGCGUGUCCACAGAGUGAACCGUUGGUCUGUCCAGACAAACUCCCAGGAGCGCCAGUCAGCUCAGCACAUUGUGACAGUGCCAUGCGCCUCGUGUGAAACCCCCAUGGGCAUGCUGGGGGGCACCUGGCAGACACAGGUGGACACCCCCGCAGAGCCCCUGCUUGGUGAAAAGUCCGACGUGCCAGCCUGGCUUCUCCUCAUGACUCAGAACCCGGGUUCCUUCUGUGCCCGUGAGAACACUGUAUUCCUCGGAUUUACACUUGGAUUUUCCCUCAUUUAGUUCCUGGUGAAGCAAAUCAAAUGGGACCGGCCUUUAUUGUAGAUGGAAUUCUUUGCUUUUUUACUCUCAACGUCCUCCCCCUCCAUGGCUAAUAUAUCAGGAGAUGUGGUGAGCAAACCUUUGCCGUCCAGUGAAUGAAGAGUGCACUUUAUUUAUACACGAUCUGCUCCGGCUGCUGCGGUAUUUUAUCAUCUGCACACACUGGGCCAAAGCUAAGGUGUCAGGAAGAGUCGUGUGUUUAGAGCAGUUCACAGCACAGGCAAGAUGAUGAAUGCCCCUCAGUAGUGAAAGUGUGUCGUGACUUUUAUGAAAUAAAAUCUUAAUGUCCUUAAAACA